AUGGCGGCUACCCCUCCGCAACAUGUCUUGGAUGGCGACUCGUCAGGCUGGAGGUUCGCACAAUGUUUUGGCGACAAGGGCGAAGUGGAGGACAUCACCGAGGCAGAUAUCAUCUCGACGGUCGAGUUCGAUCAUACCGGCGACUAUCUAGCAACGGGCGACAAAGGCGGAAGGGUCGUGCUAUUCGAACGAAACGAGUCAGGAAAAAAAGGAUGCGAAUAUAAAUUUUAUACCGAGUUUCAAUCCCACGAACCCGAGUUUGAUUACUUAAAAUCAUUGGAGAUCGAGGAGAAGAUCAACAAGAUCCGAUGGUGUAAACGGCAAAACUCGGCCCAUUUCCUACUCUCGACAAAUGAUAAGACGAUCAAGUUAUGGAAGGUCUUCGAGAAGUCGUUGAAAGUCGUAGCCGAGAACAACCACAUGCCCGCGGGCUUCCAGCCGCAACCGGUGACGACGCUCAAGCUGCCCCGGAUGGCCUUCCACGACACCAUCAUCGCCGCCGUCCCCCGCAAGGUCUAUGCCAACGCGCACGCCUACCACAUCAACUCGAUCAGCAUCAACUCGGACGGGGAGACCUAUCUGAGCGCCGACGACCUGCGCAUCAACUUGUGGAACCUGUCCAUCUCCGAUCAGAGCUUCAAUAUCUUGGAUAUCAAACCCGCUAAUAUGGAGGAGCUCACCGAGGUCAUCACCGCCGCGGACUUCCAUCCUCUGUCGUGCAACUUGUUCUGCUAUUCGAGCUCAAAAGGCACCGUUAAGUUGGCGGACAUGCGGAGCUCAGCACUGUGCGACACGCAUGCGAAACAAGAAGACCCGUCGAAUAAGUCCUUCUUCUCCGAGAUCAUCUCCUCCGUCGCCGACGUCAAGUUCUCUAAAGACGGCCGAUACAUCCUCUCGCGCGACUAUCUCUAUCUGCGGAUCUGGGACAUCAACAUGGACAAGGCCCCGCUCAAGACCAUCUCCGUCCACGACCAUCUUAAGGGCAAGUUAUGCGACCUCUAUGAGAACGACUGUAUCUUCGAUAAGUUCGAGGGCACCUUCUCCGGCGACGGCAACCAUAUCUUGUCCGGCUCGUAUAACAACUAUUUCCAUAUCUACGAUAAAGAAGUGACGACGGACAUCGUGCUCCAAGCGGACAAGUCGGCCUUCAAGGCCAAGAAGAUCGGCGCGGCCGGCGCCCGACCCGGCCUGCCCGGCUCUGCCUCUGGGGCCCAACAACACCCUGGGGGAGCCAAUAAGUCUGUCCAGGAAACUGAGAACAUCGAUUUCAGUAAACGGAUCAUGCACGCUUCGUGGCAUCCUAGAGAAGAUACUAUCGCUAUCGCCGCUACCAACAACCUCUUUUUGUUCUCCAAAUAG